CUUGGACACUACGUGAAACCAUGUGUAGUACGUAAACACCAACAGCCUGGCAUUUGCCGUAUGGUUUAAAGCGUUUUCUGUCUUUUAGGUUUACUUUAUCAAAUAAACAAAACUUUGGGUAUGUAUUCGUUUUGUGUGUACGUGUAUGCGUCACAUGUUUUUUAGUGUUUUAUAUAGAAAAUAGCACCGACGCUUGUUCCAUAGGAAGGUCACUAAACUCAUAUUGUACUCCUUAGUAUCAUGUCUUCGUGAAACCUGAAACCUUUAGUAAAAGAAGCCACAGCAUGUCUCGUAUUUGUAAGAAGGAACCGGCUGUGUGCACAGAUGAACCGCUUUCCAACAGCAAAAUCUGUCAAAGGAUUGCUCUGUUUAGAGAUAUACUGAGUACUGGAUACGGACCUACUGGCAGAUUAAAACAAAUCCACAACAAUGUUGGUGGGAACGUGCUGACCACAUCAACUUCCACAGUGUUGCUCAAACGAUUAGAUCUCUCUGAUCCUCUUCUCAAACUAAUCUCAACGGCUAUUCAACAUCACACCACACGUUACAGCGACUGUGGGCUAUUUAUGGGGAUUUUCAGUCUCAAACUCAUCGAAAAUACUCAAAAACUUGGCCUCGGGACUGUUGCAGCAGCCAAAGUAUACAAGCACCUUUUGAAAGAAUGCAACGUGUAUUUUAAAGAUGACAGCUGUAUUUGUAAGGUCCGAGUGGACUUUAGCAGCUGUGAUUCACUGGUUGCACUGGCCACCAGUAUGGUCGCAAGCAAACCAGGCUGCAUGUUGAAUAGCAAGGAGACACAACAUAUCAGUUCACUCAUCACACGAGCCUUCCUGUAUUCAAUCCCAUGUGACUCUCCUGAUGUGACUUGUUUCGGCAGGACAGUCACCAUUGGUAUUGAGAGUCAAUCGGUGAGCGAUUCUGCUCUUUUCCCAGGACUGUUGGUGGAUGUCCCUGAGAUGCUUCGACCUGAAGAUCUUAAGUCACUGGGACCUGGCCCAUUUAAGGUGGUGCUUUUUAGCACAUCUUUGGCAGGUGACAUCUCAGAUGUUGGUGAUCUGACAUUGGAGUUGUGUAGCGGUGUGGACCCCGAGUUUGAGCUUCUUCAGCAGCUCCUGAGGAUUGGGGAACACAUUGUUAAGGAUGAUGUGACCUUGUUUGCAUGUCAAAAAGUAGUGCAUCCUGUUCUUCAGCAAUAUUUGAGGGACCAUGCGGUUAUUGUGAUAGAGAGACUCGGACUUGGGAUGAUGGAGCCAUUUGUACAGAUAACUGGUGCUCAGGCUGUUGCCUCCCUGUGCUCUCCAGUCCCUUCUGAAUCGUACGGGCAGGUUCGAGGGUUCAGUUUUCAAUCAUGCGGAUCCAGAGAGCUGCUCCAGAUUCUUCCUUCUAAAGAGAUUGCAUUUAGCAGCAUGGUACUCUGCCACAGAAAUGAAACUAUGCUGGAAGAGCUCAAGAUGACAUGCCAAAGGGCAGAACAUGUUUUGCGACUGACUCUAAGAGAUCCCUACGCCCUGCUCGGAGGAGGCUGUACUGAGACACUUCUGGCCACCUACAUCACACACAUGAAUCGGUCCACAGUCGCAGAAACGGCCGCAAUUCUUGGUGUGACUCAAUCUGAGAUCCUUAUGGCAGUGGAGGUUUUUUGCAGCUCUUUGCAAGCAGUGACUCUUUCUUUAGAGCAUGAUGGACACGACUGUCUCAUUGACUUGACAUAUGCUCACCACUGGGUCUCCGAUAUGGACUCAAAUACCAGUGCCAGGCAGACCUGUGGUUGUGGCCUGGUGGAGGAUAGACCCAAACUGGAGAGGACCCAUUUCAAUACAGCUUACUCCACAUUCUCUCCCGUUUCCCCGGAAAACUCUCACAAUCGGCCCAAAAUAUUGGAUUCAUUUUCUGCCAAGCUUAAUGCUUUGAAUAUGGCUGUCGAGAUUGCUAAUCUUGUUUUAGAUGUAAAAUAUAUCAUCAGGGAUGUAAAUUAAAUUUUGAUGAAAAGGUUUUACAUCUGAA